AAAGGUGAAAUCAAAGGCAAAUUAGAACCAAUGGAGCCGUUUCAUAGGAAGCACCCUCCCCUUACUACUACGACUACUACUGGCUCUAGAAUAAGCCAGGCAGGCAAUUUCACGUGUUUGCUAUCUGCCAUACCUAUUUCCGACACCAAUUCACGCUAUUGAUAAAAUGGAUGGACCACCUCAAGAAAAUUUAAACUUCAUCACAUGUGCUGUUUGGGUGCCUCAUGGCAUAGCUAAAACCAACCCAGAGAAGGUUGAAAUUUCAAAGGAAGAUCUUGCAAGAAUUAUCAGUGAAACAAAGGAUGAAGUGGAGGAACUGGAGGAGGUUGAAGCAGAGGGAGGAAGAGGAACAGAAGUUCCAGAUGAUGCUGCUAUGGAAGUAGAAGAAGGUGCAGAGGAUAAAAUAAAAGAAGAAGAAGGUGUAGAGGAUAAAAUGGAGGGUGAAAAUGCUGAGAGUGGGGCAAGUGAAGCCGAGCAUGUCAGCAGGAAAAAUGAUGACACUGUUGAUUUUGAAACUAAAUAUGUAAUGAAAGAUUAUGAUGAUGAAGAGGAUGAUGAUAAUGUAAACAAAUUACUUCAGCUUGGGAAGAUGGCUAUACAUGCAAGCAGUGAUGAUGAUCCUUACAUUUCUGUUAAAGAUAAGGAUGAUGUUGACAGUGAGGAUGAGAACCAUGAAAUUUUACCUACAGACAACCUUAUUGCUGUUGGUCAUGUUGAAGGCGAUGCUGCAAUUUUGGAGGUUUAUGUUUACAAUGCAGAAAAUUCAGAUCAAGGAUGCCUAUAUGUUCACCAUGACAUACUACUUCCUGCAGUUCCACUUUGUAUGGAAUGGUUGAAUUAUGACCCUGGGGAUGAACAAUUGAAACCAGGAAAUAUGGUUGCAAUUGGGAGUAUGUCACCUGUGAUAGAAGUUUGGGAUUUAGACUUAGUGGACAGCUUGGAACCAGCUUAUAAAUUGGGUAAAAAAGGGAAGAAAAAAAAGAAGUUACCAGGUGUCGGCCACAAAGAUGCAGUUCUCAGUCUAGCAUGGAACACAUAUGCCGAGCAUGUCUUAGCAAGUGGUUCUGUUGACCAGACAGUCAUAUUAUGGGACUUACAGUAUGGAAGUGUAGCCCAGCAAUUAACAUCAUUUAAUGAAAAAGUACAGGCUUUGAAGUGGCAUCACACAGAACCUCAUUCACUUCUGACUGGAGCUUGUGACAAAACGGUGAGAUUAUUUGACUGCAAUGAUAGCGAAUCUUUCAAGUCAUGGAAACUGGAUGGUGAAAUUGAGUGUGUGUUAUGGAAUAAACUGUCUGGGCAGCCACACCAUUUCUUAGCAAGUACAGACAAAGGCACAGUGUUUGGAAUGGACUGCCGCCAGGAGAAACCUUUAUGGACCUUGAAUGCUCAUGAAGAUGGUUGUACAGGUUUGCAAAUGAGCCCUCUGUGUCCCGGAUGCUUGGUUACCAUAUCAGCUGAUAACACGGUAAAGAUAUGGGAUAUUUUAGGUGGAGAACCAAAAUUAAUUAAAGAAGACAAUCCAAAGCUUGGUGUUCUCCAUUGCUUAUCUCAGUGCCCAGAUAUGCCAUUUGUAUUUUGCAUGGGAGGAGACAACCGUGAAAACAAUUUUAAAGUGUGGGACAUUCGCAACUCAAAGAAAGUUCGGACAACAUUCUGCAACCGAGUAGGUUUGCCGGCUGAUGAGAAUGAAGAAGGAAGUGAUGAUGAGACUGAAAAAGUGAAUAAAUCUAAAUCAUUUGGAGGAAGCAGUAUAAGUGCAGCCACACCUGGGGUAGUGUUAUUAGAAGAUUCUGCUGAAGCUCUGCCAACCUAUAGGAAACCUAAGAAAUUUGGUAAGAAGAAAGGUGGUCAUCUAGAAAACAAAAGAAGGAAAAGAUAAAGAUUAUAAAGAUAUGAAUUCUAUAUAUUAAUGUAUUAAUAAGUAUGGUAUUAAAUGGCGUUGUUAUCUUCGACAGGCGGAACUCUUAUUCCCAUGUUAUAUUAAUAAAGUUUCACAGUA